AAAGGCUGCCAACCCCUGGUCUAGUGGUUAGAGCAGAUAGGGCUAGGAGUCAGGACUUCUGGGUCUAUUCCUGAUUCUAUCUCUGGCCUCUGUGUAGUCUAAGUGGGUAGAACAACGGGCAUUUGCUCCACUCCUUGGGACAGUAUCAGUGUAUGAUACUGAGCCUGGUCUGGCAAAAUAAUUCUGUUGUUCUGCAUUGUAUCAGACCUGGAUCCAUAGCUCUUGGUUUAAUGCAAAUAAAGAGAGAGGAUGCAUUUGGGACCCAAGUUCAAUAAAUUAUAAAGCACUCAGGGAACAGUUCAUCCACUCCAUUCUCUGGGCUGGAUGAACAUGUCUUAUCCUAUAUCAUUCUGUGUAUAGAGGGUGCCCUGUGCUGUGGAAUGAAAUGAGCUGAGAUCAUUCCAUUUUAAGCACCAGGCAGUUCCAUAUUAAAACAACACUGAGAGGAAGGAGGAUUCCUAACCUGGCCAAACUCAACUAUCCUUUGUUAUUUCAUGAAGUAUUUUCAUUGGAAUAUUAUUUCAAAUGUCAGUGCUUCAAAUAAACAUCCCAAAGGCCUUUCUAUUUGGACUGCAGAGUUACUCAGGCAGGGACUGUCACCUAAUGGUUAGAAUAGGCAGAGCUGGGAUUCAGGAUUUCUGGUGUCUAUUUCCAACUUUGGAAAGGGAGUAGGAUCUAGCAGUUGGAACAGGGGGCUGAAAGUCUGGAUUUUGGGGUUCUGCUUCAGGAGGGAGCAUGUGGUCUUAGUGUUUAUGGCAGGAAAGCCUGGGACUGGGAGUCAAGACUCCUGGGUUCUGUUCCCUGCUCUGGGACAGAAUGUGGUCUAAUAAUCAAGCAAGGGACUGCAACCAGGAAUCAGAUUCCUGGGUUCUACUGCCAGAGGCCAAUGUGGUCUAGUAAUGUCCUUCAAAGUGAGAGCUGGAAAUCUGGGGUGUUUCACUUGCUGUCUCUGGGCCUCAAAUUCUCCCCCUAUAAAUAGAGCUUUGAAAUCCUUAUGUAAAAGGGAUUACUACAAAAGUGCUACAAAUUGUUAUGCUAAUGCUAUUUUUUAAUCUCUAGAACAGACCCCUUGUAAGUACCUGAACCAGGUAUUGAAAAAAUAAACAUAUAAUUUACCUGGGCCACAACUAAAGUGCUAUGAGAUCUGGUCUACAGAUUAUUUGUGUUACAGUAGCGCCUAGAUCAGAGCCUCAUGAUGUGCGCAUUAUUAACCCUACAGCAGUGCCCAGAAGCCCUAACUGAGAUCCGGGGGCUAUUAUGGUGAGUGUGCAUUAUUAUUAGCAUUACGGUAGCAUCUAUAGGCCUCAGUCAAGAUUGGGGUCUCAUUAUGGUGUGUGCAUUAUUAGUAGUAUUACUGUAGUGCCUAGACAGCCCAGUCCAUUAGCAUUAUGGUAGUAUCCAAAAGCCCUAAUUGAGAUCAUGGCCCAUUAUAGUGUGUGCAUUAUUAGUAGUACUAUGGUAGUAUCUAGAGGGCCAUACACUAGAGCAGGGCUGCAUUAUGGUGUGUGAAUUAGUAGUAGUACUACAGUAGUAUCUAGAGGCCCCACACUAGACCACUGUACUGGGUGCUGUGCAGCCAUUCCCUGCCCCAAUCUGUUUAAAGUCUGAAUAGAGAAGACAAAAGGUGAACCAGAGGCAAAUGACUUGCCCAAGGCCACACAGCAGAUCAGUGUCAAUCAGCAGAUGCAGGAACAGAACCCAGCUCCUCCUGAUUUGUACUCUACUCGCCAGCCUACGCUGCUGCACAAAUAAAUAAGCAGUCAUCACAUCAGCCUUUCAGCCACAAUCACUUGCAAAGAUACUAGCGAGGCUAAUGUAGUCUAUGCUGUAUGAAUAAUCACACUCGUACUGGCAACUACAUACAUAAACCAACUGUCAACUCUAAACAGCAGGCACAUUCUAAGACAGCCAGCACUCUGAGCAUCAUAUCCAGCAGAGGGAGUGGUGGAGAUGCCUUUAUUAAGAGUUUGUGAAUUUAACCCUCACAAACUAUGCCAUAAUCACCAAGCACUGGGAGAGAUUUGCCAGUUCAAAGCAAGUGCUCAGGACAAGAGCCCAGAAACACAGAAGUAGAUCUAAGCUCCCAGUUCUGGUGCUGCUCAGAAGAGUUGAAUCGAGCUAGGACACAACCCACGUGGCCUCCAAAAUGUGACAUCUUAGAUGUGUCUGUCAGUGCCCUACUACCAUGGCAACAUCCUUGGACUGGGGAAGGGACAUGAAGUUUCAAAGAAACAAUUUUGAUAGCAAGGAGGCGUCCUCAGACUGAAGACUCCUGCUCACCUUUCUUCUUCCAGCCAAGGGGCUUUGGAGUGGUGGGAUCCCAAUGUCAACCCAGUACGCUAUUCUGGGAGAGGUGAGACCCCACCCCAGCACCAUGAACCUUUCUAAUGUCCCACCAGCCCUCAAUGGCUCCCAGGGCGGCCCCGGGCCUACCCUGUAUGGGGGCCAUUCUUUGUGGCAGGUAGUGUUGAUUGUGCUGAUGACUGGGAUCCUCUCACUGGUCACAGUGGUGGGCAACCUGCUUGUGAUGGUCUCCUUCAAAGUCAACAGCGAAUUGAAGACAGUCAACAACUACUUCCUACUCAGCCUGGCCUGUGCUGACCUCAUCAUUGGGGCAGUGUCUAUGAACCUCUACACCACCUACAUCAUCAUGGGCCACUGGGCCCUCGGCAACAUGGCCUGUGACCUCUGGCUGGCCCUUGACUAUGUAGCCAGCAAUGCUUCAGUCAUGAACCUCCUGAUCAUCAGCUUUGACCGCUACUUCUCCGUCACACGGCCCUUGACCUACCGGGCCAAGAGAACUCCCAAGAGGGCGGCCAUCAUGAUCGGCCUAGCUUGGGCCAUCUCCUUCAUCCUUUGGGCACCCGCCAUCUUGUUCUGGCAGUACUUUGUUGGGGAGCGGACAGUGCCCUCAGGAAACUGCCAUCUCCAAUUCCUCUCUCAGCCUAUCAUUACUUUUGGCACGGCCAUUGCAGCCUUCUACCUGCCAGUCACCAUCAUGAUUAUUCUCUACUGGAGGAUCUACCGGGAGACUGAGAACAGGGCCAGAGAACUGGCUUGCCUGCAAGGCUCAGAGAGCAAAAGCAUUGUCAGGCCAAUCCCCAACAACGGGCCUAGAGGAGGUGGCGUAGGCAGCAACAGCAGCUCCGAGCAGUUCCAACCCAUCAAGGUUUCUUCUGCUGUGGCAACAGCCCACACACAAGCCUGCUGCUUCCCCAGUUGGAAGAAGACCAGGCUAUAUGUGGAGCCAAGCAGCAAUAGGAACUGGAUCAAUACAGAGGAGGAGGAAGAGGAGGACGGCUCCCCUGAUUCUUUGACAUCAUCUGAGGGAGAGGAGCAGCCCUUUGAGGUUCAGAGUGUCUGCUCGGUAGUGAUCCGGCUGCCUAUGAUUGGCAGUGUAGCGCAGCCACCUCUGCCAACACAGAAGUCAACCCGGGAUAGGGAGAAGGUGGCUGGAGGGCCAUGGGCAGAGGGGAAUGGCUUGUGCAGGAUCCUAGCCCAGUCUCCUGCUGCCACCGAGUCCCCCAACAUGACCAAGAAGCCGUCAAACAAAAAGAUAUCACCAAUGAAGGAGAAGGAGGUUUUGACUGCCAAAAGCCAUCUGCAGAAGAGGAGCAAACAGCUCUCCCAGCGGAAGACCCUCUCCCUGAUCAAGGAGAAGAAAGCAGCCCGAACACUGAGUGCCAUCCUGCUGGCCUUCAUCCUCACCUGGACACCCUAUAACAUCAUGGUGCUGGUGUCCACCUUCUGCCAGGACUGCGUUCCUAACAGCCUCUGGAAGCUGGGCUACUGGCUUUGCUAUGUCAACAGCACUGUCAAUCCCAUGUGCUAUGCCCUGUGCAAUAAGUCUUUUCGCAAUACGUUUAAGAUGCUGCUGCUGUGCCGCUGGGACAAGAGGAAGUGGGGGAAGAUACCCAAGCACGUGGUGGCCUUCCACAGGGCUCCAGCACACUGAGCAGGUGUGGGGUGAAUUCCAGAAUGAUUAAAUCCCUGGGCUGGGAUGAAGAAUGUCAGGCAAACUGCACUGCAGUGGAAGAAUGAGACCUGGCUGUGAUGCCAGAAGGGGAAUUCCUCCGAGACAACCAUGAACCCAGGCUCUGGGGUCUGGGUGAGGAUACAGCUGGCAGGUUGCAGAACACCAUGCCAUCGUUUAUUAUUGUAAUCUUGAACUCACUGUCAGAUAGUGACCUUCCUUAAAACCUUGAUGAAUGCGGAUGUAUCAAAAGACAAAUGGACAAAGCUGGCUCAUUUAGUGGUCAGUGGUUGAGAUAAAUUAAUUUAAAACCUGGUUUAAAAUCUAAGCCACAGGGCCAUUUAAACCAGUGAUUCAUGGUUGUGACAGGACCUCUUGGGAUUUUCAGCUCUUUCCAGGCUUUAUGCUUUGACUAAGAGGACACUUGACCUUUCACCCAUUCAGCCACAGAGACAAGUGCAGUCUAGCCAUCCUACUGCUUAGACCAGGAAAAUGGGAGUCAGGACUCCUGGCUCUUCAUGAGGAGUGUAUCUAGUGGUUAGAGACUGGGCUGGGAGACAGAGGGUGUCUAGUGCUAAGAGCAAGGACCAGGGGAAGACUCUGGCAUUCCAGCUCCAGUUCUAGGAGGCCAGUGGUGUCUAGUGAUUAGGGCAGAGGAGAAUGGUAGACAGGACUCCCGAGUUCUUCUAUUUCCCAGCUCAGAGUCAGAGACUGGGAAUCAGAUCUAGGGGAAAGGGAGGUCUAAUGGGGUAGAGUAGGGUGGCACUGGGAGCCAGGACUCCUGGAUUCUAUUUCCAGCUCUGGGAGGGGAGUGGUGUCUAGUGAUUAAAAGUGGGGGUGUCUGGGCUCUGGAGUUCCAUUCUCAGAGCUUGUGACCUUGGGCAAUCGUGGAUGUUAAAGCUUCAUUGGUUGAGUUUUAGAAAACACUUUGUAAUCUGGUGCCAGUGAGGUGCAGAGUAUCGUUGCACUGCACUAAGAAAGAUGAAAACUGAAGAUAAAUGGGGAGAGAGGACAUCUGGAGUGGGGAAAGACAGUAAGCAUAGCUGCACCUCCAUUCUUCCCAUCAGGGUCUUAAAGUGUCCCAUUCAACCACAUGGACACAGGGUACUAUUAAUAACCCACUCUGUCCCUGGCCUGCUCACAAGGAUUAGUGUAGAGAAAUUCUUCCCUAGUCCCUGUUGGAGUGGUAUAGAGGGGCAUGGAUGAGCAUCUCUCUAAGGGGGUUAUAUAGGCCCAAUUACCAUAAUAUCUGGCCACCUCACAAUAUUUUAAUUAGGGUUGUCAAGUGAUUAAAAAGUUAUUUGUGAUUAAUUGCACUGUUAAACAA